GAUCAAGUGUUAGAAAUAAUUAACAGUGUAGCAUCCACCUCCAAGCGAGAGCAAACUUACGAAAGAGAGGACAGAGUAAUUCCGAGAUGUACGAGAGAGAAAUAAUAAAGGGGACUUUUGUAUCGACCAGCAAGCAAACAACACGUCUUUUAUUUAACCGGAAACGAAACUUAACAUUUGGCGACGAGAGUAAAUUGUGAUCGUGUGCAAGAUAAUUAAAGUGUUGCACGAGUGAUUCUGUGGAAAUUUCGACAAAAUGCAACACAGGAUGGAUGCGAUGCAGCGUAUCAAACCGUUCGUGAUGGUGGCUGAUAGAUCGAGUUUGCCUAUAGAGUGGCAAAAAUGGAAGCGAGAAUUAGAGCGAUAUUUUGAUGCUUUUGGGAUUGUUUCACAGUGGGAGAAACGGUCGCAGUUGCUUCAUUUGGCGGGACGUGAGAUCCAAGAGAUUUUUGAUCAUCUGCCAGGGGUAGGUGAUGUCCCUCAUGUUGUGACUGACCCUCCAUAUUAUGAUGUGGCAGUACAAAAACUGGAUGCACACUUCGAACCAAUGCGUAGGAGAAAUUACGAACGCCAUCUGUUCCGGCAAAUCGUGCAAGGUGCAGAAGAAAGAUUUGCUGAUUUUGUUUUGCGUUUGCGCAUCCAAGCAAAACGUUCGGAAUUUGAUCGAUAUGACUCAAGGGAAAUUGAUGAUAGAAUCAUUGAACAAAUUGUUGAAGCUUGCAAAUCAACUGAGUUAAAAAGUAGAAUUUUGGCAAAAGAUAUGUCUCUCGAAGAAAUUGUUUCACUUGGUACAACACUAGCAGACGUACAGAUUCAGGUGAAGGAGAUUGAUCGUAGUCAAGGCGAGGGAGGUUCAACGGGAUCUGUCAACAAGGUAUUCAAACGAACGUAUCAACCGACGAAAUUCUCACGUGGUAGUAUACAACCAAGAACAGACAGAAAUUGUUUUGCUUGCGGCUUACGCGGUCAUCUUAAAGGCGAUGAAAGAUGCAAAGCACGAAACGCGAAGUGCGCCAAAUGUGGACAGAUAGGACACUUUGCGGUCCGUUGUCUCAAACGCCCAACAAAUUCCGAUCAAUCACAAACUGGGGCUAAAAAGAUCAGAGUUAUUUCGAGCGAGGACAAAUCUGAGAAGAUAUUUUACGCGAUGGGCAAAAAUGAGUUCGAUUUUAUUGUGGGUGGAAUCAAAAUUCCUAUGAUUAUUGACUCUGGUGCCGAUGCAAAUAUCAUUAGCGAAUCAUCUUGGAGGCUAGCACAAAAUGCUGGGAUUUCUGUUAAAAAUCUGAGCGAGGUGGCUGAUCGGAAACUAAUUGCAUAUGCGACUGUUGAACCGAUGAAGAUCAUCUGUAUGUUUUGGGCGACGAUUCAGGCUGGGGAAAACAAAACGGAGGCCAAAUUUUAUGUAGUAGAACAAGGACAACGGAGUCUGUUGGGAGAGGAAACCGCCGAACUACUCAAAGUACUAAAGAUAGGCUUCGAUGUGGCUGCAGUUCAAGACAUCGCCAGGACUGUUUUCCCCAAGAUGAAAGACGUUGUGGUGGAAAUUCCAGUCGAUAAGAACGUUCAGCCUAUACAGCAAGCAUACAGGCGCGCACCCAUCACCUUGGAAGAGCGAAUUUUCAAAAAAUUGAAAUAUUUGCUGGAGACGGAUAUUAUUGAAAGAGUAAAAGGACCUUCACCGUGGGUUUCACCGGUCGUGCCGAUAAUCAAGGCAAAUGGAGAUCUACGGCUUUGCGUAGACAUGCGGAAGGCUAAUACAGCAGUACUUCGUGAAACUCACCCAUUUCCUCUGAUUGAGGAACUGUUGAGCAGUGUCAAAGGAGCAGUCAAAUUUUCGAAGCUGGACGUGAAGGAUGCCUAUCAUCAGGUAGAGAUAUCCGAGGCAUCACGAGGUAUUACAACGUUCAUUACGAAAUAUGGACUUUUCAGAUAUAAACGCCUCAUGUUUGGCGUCAGCUGCGCGCCAGAACUGUUUCAAAAAGUGAUGGAUACAAUCGUUGCGGGACUUGACGGCGUGAUGGUAUAUCUCGAUGAUGUAGUAGUAGUAGGGAAAACUCAAACCGAACACGAUCAACGCUUGAACGAUUUGCUGAAACGGUUUAAAGAGUACAACGUUCUAUUGAAUUGGGACAAGUGCCAGUUCAAUGUUGAAAAGCUUGAAUGUUUAGGGCAUGAGUUGUCAGUUGAGGGUAUCAGACCAGUUGAGAGCAGAAUUUCAGCUAUCAAGCAAUUUCGUAUACCGUCAAACAUAGCAGAAUUAAGGAGCUUUUUAGGAUUGAUUACUUAUGUAGGUAGGUUUAUUCCGGAUCUGGCAACCAAAACUGACCCACUUCGGAAUAUGUUAAGAGGCAAUAAGAAGUUUGAGUGGACCAAAACUCAUCAAUCUGCUUUUGAAGGGAUCAAAAAAGCUGUUCUUAAAAUUGAAAACUUAGGCUUCUUUGAUCCACGGGACUCAACAAUAUUAGUAGCCGAUGCGAGUCCUUCAGGUUUAGGUGCAGUGCUAAUGCAGGAAAAUUCGCAAGGCGUGAAGAGAGUUAUUGCAUAUGCUAGCAAAUCGCUAACAGAUUUGGAACGCAAAUACUUCCAAACGGAACGUGAGGCCUUGGCUCUGGUGUGGGCUGUGGACCGUUUUCGCAUAUACCUUCAAGGUGUGAAAUUUAAAUUGGUUACAGAUUGCAAACCUCUCGAGUUCCUGUUUAGUCCACGUUCGAAGCCAUGUGCUCGGAUCGAACGCUGGGUCUUACGUCUUCAAUCGUACAGUUAUCGCAUUGUUUACGAACCGGGAAUAACGAACAUCGCAGAUGCCUUAUCGAGGCUGUCUCCUUCAAGACCAGAACAGUUCGAUGUAGAUGGUGAACAUCACAUUUUACUUUUAUCGGAAGUAACCACUCCACAGGCAAUUACAUUAGAAGAAAUGCGCCAAGAAUCGGAUAAGGAUAUAACCAUAUCUCAAGUUAUCGAAGCGUUAAAAGGGGGAGAGUGGACCGAUAGAGCUAAACCAUUCAAACCAUACCAAACUGAACUUUGCCAAUCAGACUCAAUCGUUUUGCGGGGUGAUAGACUAGUUGUUCCUGUUUGUUUGCAGCCUAGAAUAUUAGAAGUAGCUCACGAGGGUCAUCCAGGCAUUGAAGUUAUGAAACGUCGCCUGCGGCAAAAGGUAUGGUGGCCUGGUCUAGAUAAAAUGGCUGAAAAAUUCGUCAGAAUCUGUAAAGAAUGCACGUUGGUAUCUGCGACAGCAGCACCGGAAUUUAUGACUAGAACUCAAAUGCCGGAUAAGCCAUGGACUCAUAUUGCUGUAGACUUCAUGGGACCCCUUCCGUCCGGUCACAAUUUGUUAGUGCUUAUUGAUUAUUAUAGUCGAUUUGUAGAAGUGAUUAUAAUGAGGGAAACUACUGCCAAACUGACUAUUGAGGCAUUACAUGAAACAUUCUGUAGAUACGGCAUUCCAGAAUCGAUAAAGUGCGAUAAUGGCCCGCAAUUCGUGAGCGAGUCACUGCAACAAUUUUGCAAAGAUUACGGAAUCGAAAUGUGUCGCACAACACCAUACUGGCCUCAGGCCAAUGGUGAAGUAGAACGUGCAAAUCGCUCUUUGAAAAAACGUUUGCAAAUUAGUCAGGAAUCGAAUAAAUCCGAUUGGAAAUGGGAACUAAGAAUGUACCUGUUAAUGUACAAUUCAACGCCACACUCAACAACUGGGGUAGCUCCUUCGGCAUUAAUGUUUGGAAGAGUCCUUAGAGACAAACUGCCUGCACUUCCUCGAAUUGGAAUGAAAAUGACGGAAGAGAUACAGGAUCGUGAUCGGGAAAAGAAGCUGAAAGAAGCCGAAUACUCUGAUCAACAUCGAGGUGCCAAACAUUGCACACUUAAGGAAGGAGAUAAAGUAGUGGCAAAAAGAAUGCAAAAGGCAAAUAAACUUUCAGCUAACUUCAGCCCAGAGGAAUUCACCAUUACAACGCGAUCAGGAACGGAUUGCACACUUCGGUCAAAUGAAACUGGGAAGCUGUUUCAUCGGAAUGUAGCUCACUUGAAACCACUAAUGGCACCACUUGGCGAGGAAUUAGGAGGAACUGACAAAUUACCAGCUCUAAACAAUCGCGAAUCAACAGUGACAGAAAUCAUCGAACCACAACAAGCUUCAGUACCUGAGGAAACAAUUCAACGACCUUCACGAAUCAGUAACCGACCGAAAUAUUUGAACGAUUAUCAGCUAGGAUCAGUUAGAGUUCAAGACCAAUGAAAGAAGGAGGAGUGUAGUGAUCAAGUGUUAGAAAUAAUUAACAGUGUAGCAUCCACCUCCAAGCGAGAGCAAACUUACGAAAGAGAGGACAGAGUAAUUCCGAGAUGUACGAGAGAGAAAUAAUAAAGGGGACUUUUGUAUCGACCAGCAAGCAAACAACACGUCUUUUAU